AUGAGAUUUUCAAUCAUAUAUGCAUGGUCAAUUUUAAUACUAGGUGUAAUUGCAACUAUAGAAAACAUUGAUGGAUCAAUUGAUGAUGUUAAACCACCCCAUAAAUUGAAUGUUCAACUUUUAGAAGAUGAAGAUAAUCAUCCAACACCUGAACAUUUGAAAAAUCCAUUAGAUCCAUAUAAAUCAGAGCCAAAUGAAGAACCAGUUUCUUCUUAUAAUUCAUUCAUUAUAUCAUUAUCUAUGAUUAUGGUUACUGAAUUAGGAGACAAGACAUUUUUAAUAGCUGCAUUAUUUUCAAUGAAAAAUUCAAGAUGGAUUGUAUUUUCAUCUGCUUGGUCAUCGUUAGUUAUAAUGACUAUAUUAUCUGGAAUUGUAGGACAUGCAUUACCAUCAUUAAUAAGUCAAAGAUUAACCCAAUUUUUAGCAUCUGCAUUAUUUAUAGUAUUUGGGUAUAAAUUAUUAAGAGAAGGUUUAAGUAUGUCAAAAGAUUCCGGAGUUGAACAAGAAUUGGCAGAGGUUGAAGAAGAAAUAGCAAGUAGUAAAUUGAAUAAUCAAUUAAACAACAUAGAAGGUGGAAGUACAACUGAGAGUUCUUCCAAGUCUUGGUAUGAUGAUUAUUUAAAUCAAAUUUCCAAUCUUGCAUCAUUUAUAUUUACACCUAUUUGGAUCCAAGUAUUUAUAAUGACUUUUCUCGGUGAAUGGGGAGAUAGAUCACAAAUUGCAACAAUUGCAAUGGCUGCUGGUAGUGAAUAUUGGUUUGUUAUAAUGGGUGCAAUAAUUGGACAUGGAUUAUGUACAGCAACAGCAUGUAUUGGUGGUAAAUUAUUAGCUAAAAAAGUAUCAAUGAGAAAUAUAACAUUAGGUGGAUCAAUUGCAUUUUUUAUAUUUGCAGUGUUAUACUUUUAUGAUGCUUAUUAUAAUAUAGAAUCAUAA